UCGAAUCUUCUACCUAUAAUGUAACAAACAUGGUUAAAGAUACAUACACAUAUUUUCUUUUACUUUUAACGAACACAAACCGUAAAAUGGAUUGACAUUUAAUAAUGUUUUGACAUAUUUCCAUAUUAUGUUAUUCAUUUAUCUGUCAAAAUAAUGUAAAGCGAAAUUUUAUCAUCGAUUUAAGUACCUAAUGUCAAAUUUUUUUAAAAUGAUGAAUUCCUACAAAUAUGUUGUGAGGAGUACCAGAAAACGAUCCAUAUUAAUAAAUUUCAUCCAACAAAGAUCAGUAUGUGUGGAUAAGUGUAUAGAUCCAGUUCAAUAUAAAACACCAUUAGUAAAAAAAGUAUCAAAAAUCCAAAGAGCGAAGUAUGGUGGACGACAAGUGGUAACAAUGAUACCUGGCGUAGGUAUUGGCCCUGAAGUAAUGCAACAGGUUUUAAAUGUAUUUAAAUUUGCCGGCGCACCCAUUAAUUUCGAAGUAAUACACCUUGAUGGUUCAUCAACAAACGAAGAUUUCGAGAUUGCACUCACAUCAAUACGACGGAAUGGCAUAGCUAUAAUUGGACAUCUCGAUAAGCGGCAUUUAAAUACCAGAGAAGGUAUUCCAUCCAUACCACGAAACGUUAGCCUGCGAAAUGAAUUAGAUUUAUUUGUAAAUUGUAUACACUGUCAUUCCUUACCAGUUCCAUCAAGUCGGAAACGUAUUGAUUUAGUGAUUAUACGACAAAAUACCGAAGGUGAAUAUUCAAUGCUAGAACAUGAGACGGUGCGUGGUGUUAUUGAAAGUUUGAAAAUUAUUACACGAUCAAAUACAGAACGAGUUGCACGUUUUGCAUUUAAUUAUGCGCGUGCGCAUAAACGUUCCAGAGUGACAACUGUACACAAAGCAAACACUAUGAAAUUAUCAGACGGAUUGUUUUUAGAAACUACAAAACGUAUUGCUCAAGAAUAUCCAGAUAUCAUCCACGAUGAUGUAAUUGUUGAUAAUUGUUGUAUGCACUUAGUGUCCAAUAAUGCACAGUAUGAUAUAUUAAUUAUGCCUAAUUUAUACGGGACAAUUAUAUCAAAUAUCGUUUGUGGUAUAAUGGGAGGUCCUGGCUUAUUUGCUGGAGUGAAUUAUGGAGAUCAUUACGCUGUAUUUGAAGCGGCAACACGGAAUAUUGCAAGUAGCAUUGCCGGCAAAAAUAUUGCAAAUCCUGUUGCCAUGUUGAGUGCUGGUGUUAAAUUAUUGGAACAUUUAGGUUAUACGAAACAUUCAAAUGCAAUACGUUAUGCAAUUUUAAAGACAAUCUUUAUUGAUGAAAUACGAACACCGGAUAUAGGUGGAACAGCUACUACGGAAGAUGUUACGAGCGCUGUUAAUACAAAUAUUUCAGCGCUAACACCACGAAUUUGGUAGAAUUUUAGAAACAUAUCAUAUAUUUGUUGAAUAAUUAAAAAUAAUUAGGUACUUGGU